AUGGCCACUCCUCCUGGCGACGUACUCGUCGCGACCGCGGCGGAUGCUCCAAUCCCAUCCUUAACCACAGAUGAAAAGGUCCAACUCCCCUUUGAUCCGAAGGCUCUGAAAGAGAAAUACCUGCAAGAAAGAGACAAACGACUUCAGAAUGGUGGUGUCUUCCAGUAUCGACCGAUCGAGGGAACACUCAAACAUUGGAUCGAAGACCCAUAUGUCCCACCCGCCCCGCCACGCGACCCGAUCGAGAAGGAAGUAGAAGUUCUCGUUGUCGGAGGUGGCUAUGGCGGUGAGCUCUGCGCUGUGCGCCUUCAAGAGCAGGGAAUCGGUGACUAUAUCAUCGUCGAGAAAGCAGGUGACUACGGCGGUACAUGGUACUGGAACAGAUAUCCUGGAGCACAGUGCGACAUCGACUCGUAUAUUUAUUUGCCACUUCUGGAGGAAACCGGCUAUAUUCCUGUGGAGAAAUACUCUCAUGCCACGGAACUACUGGAGCACGCUCAACGUAUCGGAAAGCACUAUGACCUGUAUAAAGAUACCUUAUUCCAGACAGAGAUUGUGGAUCUCCGGUGGGAUGAAUCAACUACCCGAUGGCAGAUUGAGACGUCUCGUCAAGACAAGAUAAAGGCGCGCUUUGUGAUUACGGCUUCUGGCCCACUUCACAGGCCGAAACUACCGGGUCUGCCAGGGAUCGAAGAGUACACCGGCCACUCCUUCCAUUCAAGUCGCUGGGACUACGAGUACACUGGUGGCAAUACCCACGGUGGGUUAACCAAGCUUAAAGACAAACGUGUUGGGAUACUUGGAACUGGUGCCACGGCCAUUCAGAUCGUUCCGCAUCUUGGCGACUGGGCCAAGGAGCUAUAUGUAUUCCAACGAACGCCAUCCUCCGUCGCGGUUCGAGGUAACAGACCUACAGACCCAGAAUGGGCCAAAACCCUCAAGAAGGGCUGGCAGCAAGAGCGCAUGGAUAACUACAACAUAAUUGUGAGCGGUGGCGAGGUGGACGAAGACCUAGUCUCGGAUGGAUGGACGAGCAGCAUGGCAAAACUUCGUCCUGGUCCUAAUCAGGUCAAGAACGCCGACCCUGCAGAAAUUGCCAAAAUCAUCCAGCUGGCUGACUUUGAUCAAAUGAAUUCGAUUCGUGCCAGAGUCGAUUCGAUUGUUAAAGACAAAGCCACCGCAGAAGCUCUCAAGCCGUGGUACAAUCAAUUCUGCAAACGGCCGACCUUCCAUGACCGGUAUUUGCAGACGUUUAACAAGCCAAAUGUCACACUAGUUGACACCCAGGGUCGCGGUGUGGACCGUAUUACUCCAAAGGGGAUAGUAGCCAAUGGGAAAGAAUACGAAUUGGACUGCAUCAUCUAUGCCACCGGCUUUGAGCUUGCUACGGACUGGUCGCACCGUUCGGGGCUCGAGAUUACGGGCAGAAACGGUCUGACCAUCACGGAGAAGUGGCGUGAUGGUGCGAAAACCCUUCAUGGCUGGACAACGAAUGGGUUUCCCAAUUGCUACUUCGUCAGCGGCAUCCAGGCUGCGUUGACGUCCAACUUCAUGCACAUCACAAACGAGCAGGCAAAACACAUUGCUUGGGUCAUUCGACAGGCCAAAGACCGAGGCCUGAGGACCGUCGAAGCGUCGAUCGAAGCCGAGGAGAAAUGGGUCGACGUCAUCAUCGAAAAGGGCAGAGGACGCUACGAGUUCUUGAAGCAAUGCACCCCGGGGUACUACAACGACGAAGGCGACAUUACCAUGAAGCUGAGGAGGAACUCGGUCUACGGAGACGGGGCCGUGGCGUUCUUGGACAUCACAAAGAAGUGGAGGGAGGACAAUGAGCUGGAAGGUCUCCAGGUGACCAAGGAAGCUGCUUAG